AUGGGCCGCGGCAGCGACAUCCGCGUCCGAGUGACCCUCGACACCACCCGCACCAAGAUCGAGGAGAUCCUGCUUUCGGGCGAUGCGGUGGAGAUCAUCGCAGGGAAGAUCCCGAUACCGUCGCCCGAGACGACGCUCCUGAGUGGCGCCAUGCAGCAUCUAGAAAUUUGA